AAUUCAUUCGAAAAUAUUCUCUCGGCUUUGUUUGCUUCAAAGGCAGGCAAAAGUGGACAACUUUGGGAGAAAGCCAGUCCAUGCAAGUGACCGAAAUAAAUUACAUUUGGAUGUACUCUUUAAAAGUGACAACUUGCACCCUCGGCAGCCAGAUGUUUGCAACCAUUCCACCUUUCACCAUGAAUGAUGUUUGAGAAAGAGCGCACACUGUACGGGACACUAGGCAGCUGAUAUAUUUUUAAGAAUAAUGUGGCCUUGCUGUCGUGGGCAGAUGGGUCAGCUUUCGCAUGUCCUCCUGCUGUCAUCGACGGUGACCCUUCUCGGAGGACUGAUUUUUGGAUAUGAAUUGGGAAUCAUCUCGGGCGCUUUACUGCAGCUCAAGGAAGUCUUCAGCCUUAGCUGCUUGCAGCAGGAAAUACUGGUCAGCGCCCUUCUGAUCGGGGCUUUCUUUGCUUCAUUGGUCGGAGGAACAGCUAUCGACUACCAUGGGCGAAGAAACUCGAUCAUUUUUAGUGCCGCCUUGAUUUGUGUUGGAUGUAGCAUUCUCUUACUGUCCUCCUCGUUCACGAUGCUAGUGAGUGGCCGGAUGACUAUUGGAUUUGCCAUGUCUAUUUCCUCCACAGCCUGUUGCAUAUAUGUUUCUGAAACUGUCAGCCCCCAUCAUAGAGGCAAGUUGGUGUCCCUUUAUGAAGUUGGGAUCACAGUUGGCAUCUUGAGCGCCUAUGCACUAAAUUAUGCUUGGUCGGAUAUAAGAUACGGAUGGAAGUACAUGUUUGGUUUGGUCAUUGGCCCAGCGGCUUUCCAGGGCAUCAGCGUUCUCCUCCUCCCCUCAGCAACACAGAGAGUCCAAAGCCGAGGUGAUGAUUCACAGAAAGUCUUGUUGCAGUUACAGAAUGGAGAGCACGGCAACCCUGACUUGGAGGAUGUUAAUUCAGUUGAAGGAAUCAACCGACAGUACAGUUUCCUUGAUUUAUUUCGUUCCAGAGACAACAUGAGAGCCAGAUUUCUGGUGGCACUGGGUUUAGUGCUCUCUCAGCAGCUCACUGGCCAGCCCAAUGUGCUGUACUAUGCCUCGACCAUUUUUAGGUCGGUAGGAUUUCAAAGCAAUGCCUCAGCAGUGUUGGCUUCAGUAGGACUGGGAAUAGUCAAAGUCAUUACGACUGUGGUAGCCAUGGUAUGUACUGAUAAAGUUGGAAGGCGAACACUGCUAAUUGGCGGCUGUGUUGUAAUGUCUGUGUCAGUCACUGUGAUCGCUUUCUCAAGCCAGAGUGUUACAAUGGAAUUCCAUGCGAGUUGCAGAGCCCAGGUUAAUGGAUCAAAUCACAUGUUAAAUUCUAGUAUAACUUCCUUCAAACCCACUCUUUGGAAAUCAAAUGCAAGAUUCAGGAAUGAAAGUUCACUGAAUGUGAAUCGAACUUUGGCUUUAUCUGCUCAGGACAAACACUAUCUAACCUUUGAAGAGGGAGUGAACAACAGUUUGCUCAGUGAGCAUAACAUUCAUUCCCUCAGUGCUAUGGACUCUUUAAAUAAUGUAAACACAUCAGAUGAAGGUUUCCAAUCAAAGAAAACAAGUAAUCCCUCGAUACAAACUUCAGUAAGCUCUACUCAAACCUCCAAACAUUUGGCUUUAAAUUGGAUUACACUGCUUAGCAUGAUGGCCUUUGUCAGUGCUUAUUCUAUUGGGUUUGGUCCAAUGACUUGGCUGGUUCUGAGCGAGAUCUUCCCUGCUGAAAUUAGAGGCCGAGCAUUUGCAUUCUCCAGCAGCUUCAACUGGGCGGCGAAUAUAAUUGUCACUGUCACAUUCCUGGAUGUAAUUGAUACAAUUGGACUCUCUGGGACAUUCCUAUUCUAUGGAGUGGUGGGAUUCUCUUCAAUUGGUUUUAUAUGUCUUUACCUGCCUGAGACCAAGGGACAAUCAUUGGAAGAGAUCGACAGACAGUUCUCUGCUAAAAGAGUGUCAGAAGUGAGGUGCUGCUGCCUGAGUACCAGCAGAAGAGGAGCAUCAGUCGGUCGUUACAAACGAGUUGACAGUUUCUUAUUUUAGACUACAGAUUGUUUUGUUACAGAUUCAAAUCUGAUAUCGCUAAUUUAAAUGAUUCUUUGAAAUCGAGACUUGGUGUCAGAACUUUAAUGAUGCAUUGAAAGCAAUAUCCCAGAAGCGUUUGAAGGAGAGUGUCCUGAUCAUUUAUGUCAAUUGUCUUCAUUCUUCAUUGUUCGCAAGACAUUCCAUCAGGGACAGCAUUACACUGACAUACUAACAGACUCUGAUUUGAAUCACCUGGAAAGUAGCAGAGUGCAAGUAUUUCCUGACAGAAAGGGAGAAAUGUUGGAAGGAUGGAAUACUCUGAGGCACUUCUGUUGUGCAUGAACUUCCUAAAUGCCAAGUCAUGAGCAACAUUAGCAGAGGCUAGCAAUGGCUGUGAUUUAGUAUUGCUGUUUUAUGUGUUCUCUGACUAAGGCAGCAUUCUGUCACAGGGAGACCUAACAAAAUGUUUAAAGGAGAUUAAACAAGACCUUUCUGUGACUUUAAGAUUAUUAAUUUUUAUCUUUAGGGAGAUACGACCUUUAAUUUCCUUCAGGGUUUCUGGAGACUAUUGUUUUCAGUGCCAGCUAAAGUUUGACAGCUGUGAAUUAUGGAAGAUGUAUUUUGAUCUAUUACUGCAUUAUUUUCUUUAAGCCCCUUUCCUCAUGCAGCAUGACUCAAAAGCUGAGAGGACAUGUAUCACACAGCUUUCGGGCCUCUCCCAAGUUAGUGUUUGCGGUGUGAAGGAGUAACCUCAAAAUGAUUGUGGUUAGGAACAUAUGGCUACCAUUUACGGCUACCAUGUGAAAGUCAGGCCAGCACUUGGAGCUCAUCCUAAGGGGAAUUGCAAUUGUGAGCCUGCAACCCUGGAGCUGAAUGGCACAGUAUAUGUUGGUGCUGCAAUCAAUAUAUGCUAUGCCUCCAGGUAGCUGCAUUCAAACAUGGCUCUGACAUUUUGAAACAAUAUAAAAAUUAACAAGGAGCAGAUAUUGAAUCCUGGCACUUUGGGCAUUCCACCGAGCAACAAAUGGGUAUGACAUUAGACCCAUGGAUAAUUCAACCAUUUUUUUUUUACUACUAAGCUAGUACUCUCAAAUGAGAGAGGGUAGACAGAAUUUAAUAUUGUGCAAUAAUAGCUAUUUAUUUUGGUUUUUACCAGGAUAAGUGUGUGGUUUAUACUUUAAUGUUUUAGAUUGACCUUUAGAUUGCAAGUUACACCUAUGUGUGCUCUGGUAAAUUUUACGUUUUUGUUUUUGAUAUAUUCUUGUUAUUGGUUUAUAUAUUUUGGUCCCCACUACAAUCUUUGCACUCCAGCCACUAACUCCAUCCCCCUCACUCACAACUUGAGGCUGAAGCAGACUGCUUGCAACUGUGGUGUCAUACUUGACCUCUGAGUUUCCAAGCACAUGGCCAUGCUAUCAUGAAAACUGCUUACUUCCACCUCCAUAACAUUACCCAAUUCCAUCCCUGCCUCAACUCAUCUGUUUCUGAAACGCUCAUCCAUGCUUUUGUUACCUCCUAGACUUGACUAUUCCAAUUCACUCUUGGACAGCUUUCUACAUUCUAGCCUCUGUAAACUUGAGGCCAUCCAAAACUCUGCUGCCCAUGUUAUUACUCGCAACAAAUCCUGUCCUCCCAUCAACCCUGUGCUGGCUGACCUGCAUGGCCUCCUGAUUAUAAAUUCUCAUUCUUGUUUUCAAAUCCCUCCAUGAACUUGCCCCUCCCUAACCCAGUAACUGCCGACAUCCACAACUCUCCCAGUUAUUUGCACCCCUCCAAUUCUGGUCCUUGAUCAACUAUGAUUUUAAUUGCUCCACCGUUGGUGGCCAUGCCUUCAGCAGCCAAGCUCCUAAACUCUGGAAUUUCCUCCCUAACCUUCUCCACCUCUCUAUAUCUUGACCUCACCUUCCUCUUGUAAUGCACUCCUUUAAAAUCUACCUCUUUGACCAAGCUGUUGGUCACUUGGCCUAAUAUCUUCUUAAGUGGUUCAGUAUCAAAUUCUGCAUUACACACCUCCUGUGAAGUGUCUUAGGACAUCUUACUACCUUAAAAACAUUAUGUAAAUACAAGUUGUUGUUGUUGUAUUGCCUCAAGGCAGCAUUCAUUUGUUGGGCUCAAAAAAAUCCAAUUAUUUGUAACUGACAUAAUUUUAUAUAAGAUUGUGUUUCUGUAAAUUUAACCCUUGCUUUUCUUAUGGUGGGGUUUGAGAUGUCUUAGCUUUUCACUUCACAUAAUCAGGGUGUCCAUUUAGGAACAAGUAUGUUGCCCAAGCAGUCCCUGCUCCACAUGGGAAAUUGAUAAUCAGGACCAAGACAGGAAAAGGUUAAUUUACACCAUAGGAAUUCAUCAAAACCACAUUGCUCAAGCUAAUGGACAGGGAUUUCAUUGCAUUUAGUAGUGCCUUUAUGUAAAUUUCCUGAAGGCACUGAGUUAUGGCAGGGUUAUGGCUCCUUCGGUCCUGGUCACCUACUCUAACUCUUCAUGCGCAACUAUAAAUGGCGAAUGCUGCCUAGGUAUUGGGCGUCGCUUAUGGAUAAGCAGCAUACCCAGGUCUGCUGCUAGUCUCGCCUGAUAUUCAUACCUUACAGAUACUUUACAGGUUUGGGCACACAAGUCCAAAUGAACACUUUUAUUAUGGCCUUAUGAAUACUGUCCACAAGCAAGAGUAGAAAAAUAAAAAGAUGAUGAGAAAGCACAGCUGGUAGAACAGCAUAAGUAAAAGAUCAAUUAUUGCUUUGGGUGUAAGCUUUCAUCAGAACCCAGAGUUCUGAUGAAGGGCUAUAGCUGAAAUUUUAACUGUUUCACUUUAGAUGCUGACCAAGCAGCUGGGCAUUUCCAGAAUUGCUUAUCUUACCUCAGGUUUUCCUUAUUCUCAGUUUUCCUUUUAGCCAAAUAUGCUAUGUACAAUCUGUCUAAGUUAGUAAAUGGUUAAGCAAUCUGCAGCUACUCUUUGCAAUUCACCCAACCUGCCAUUUAGCUGUGUAUGUGUGUUAGCAAGAGAUGUGAAGUGUUUUAAAAUCCCCUAAUAAUUUCACUGAAUUUCUAUUGAAAUUUGAAAUAAGAGCAGUUUCAGUUCAAAAAUACCUUAUAAAUAAACAUUUUACAAAGUACCGGAAGUUGAUGUCCUGCAUUAAUUCAAGUCCUGUCUGGGUUCGACUUAAAAUUUAGAUGACUUUUUAUAUUUCAGAAAGCUUCCAGGGAUCCCACAUUCCAGUACAGGGGACCCAGACACGUGCACACACAUGCUGCUUGCAAUAACUGAACAAUUUUACUGUUCUGUAGGUUUGGCCUACAAACUGCUGAGCAUCAGUGUAGUGUGGUGGAGCAGUUUUAUCAAAAUUAAGAAGCGGGGUAGCUUGAGUGGGAUCAGGCAUGGCCCACCACUACAUUUUUAAAUGCAUCAUGUCCUGCUUGACAGAUGGCACCUCCAUUAGUUUCAGAUUAUGUUUAAUUGGAACAUCUGUUCAAAGCAGUUGGCUGCAUAUUUUCAAUGAUUUCUUAUGGGUGGUCUCCCUUUAUGGGGGAGGGGAAUUGGAGAGGGAAGGGAAGGCGAGGGACAUAAAAGGCCACUAUGCCAACACUGCAACUUCGUAUUAUAAAGGGAUUGAUGAAUUUAUUUUCCAAAUGUGUAUUUUUUAUGUAAUAAAAGAAUGAAAAUGA